AAUGACCACUCUUCAAGGAUCGCCGGAAAUUCGACGAUGAUGCAUAAUCUCUGCCGUUUGUGCGCCAAGAGCGACAUCCGACCUCCGGCGCGCUCGCUAACAACACUACGAUCCAGUGCCGGAAUGAAAAGUCUGAUCGACUUCUGCCUUCACGGAAAUGAGGAACAUGAAUUCGCAGCGACAUCCCCGAUGCUUCCCACUAGCGUGUGUGAUGCGUGCCUCGAGCAGCUUAAUUGUUUUCAGCAAUUCGUUCUAAGUUGUAGAACAGCUCAGCUUACGUUACAGCAGUUGAUUUCUUCCGAAGAAUGGUUUUCACCGUCCGAUGAUGAAACUAUGAUCGUAAGGGAUCCUGAAAGCAACCCUGAAUCAACCACCGUAGAACGAAGAGAUCGUCUCGAAAUUGAAGAGGAAAAGUGCAACAAUCAUGAUCUGGAAGAAGCGAUUAACGACUGUUCUGAACGGCCGGGAGUGGAAUCGAGGACAGACAGCAGACCACACGGCACUCGAUCUGCAGCACACGAUGAGCCUGCAAAACGGAGAUCAACGGUGGCGAACCGGCAACCUCCGCCUUCGAGGCGGAAACAAAUGUGCCAAGUCUGUGGCAAGGUUCUCUCGAACAAGGCCACAUUCCGGGUGCAUAUGAAAAUACAUACGCAGGACAAAAGCCUGAUAUGCAGCAUCUGCGAUCGACGGUUCUACGUCAAGCAGCAGCUGCAGAUCCACAUGGAAUCGUUACACGAGCAGAAAGAGUUCGUAUGUACCGUUUGCGGUUUAAAGUGCCGCUGGCGCAAAAGCUUGGCGCGCCACAUGCAACUGCAUGCGGAAAAUCCUUACAAACAUCAGUGCGAUCACUGCGAGAAGGCCUUUUCACGCCCUAAUCAACUGAGGAUUCACACGAUGAAACAUACUGGCGAUAGAGUUUGCUGUGAUUUAUGUGGUGCAGGUUACAUGUACAAUUACAUGCUAACGCAACAUAAAAUCCGUAAACACGGGCUGAUGGUGGAGGGUGUACAGUUGUAUGAAAGACGCCGGCCAGGCACCCAGAACAAGGCAAAUUCUUCCACUUCUCAAUAAACAAUAGAACUGAU